AUGAUGAAGAAGUCCAGUAAUGAAGCAAGUGGCUCUAGCUCACUGGCUGUUCAGAGGCCGGAUAACCAAGAUGUCACUAGCGUUUUCAAAAGAACAGAAGUUAUAGGUACAGGUAAGUUUGGUGUUGUCUAUAAGGGACAUCAUGCACGUACUAAGCAAGUGUAUGCCAUCAAAGUGUUAAAUUUGGAUUCAGACGAAGAUGAAGUGGAGGAUGUACAGAGGGAAGUCCAAUUUUUAGCUUCCAUGAAACAAACUCCCAAUAUUACGCAUUACUAUGGCUCUUAUUUAAAAGAUACCACCCUUUGGAUUAUUAUUGAAUACUGUGCUGGUGGAUCCCUAAGAACUCUACUUCGACCGGGCAAAAUUGAUGAAAAGUACAUUGGAAUCAUCAUGAGAGAAGUUCUAAUAGCUUUAAAAUACAUCCACAAGGAUAACGUUAUUCAUAGAGAUAUUAAAGCUGCUAAUGUUUUAAUCACCAAUGAGGGACAUGUAAAGCUUUGUGAUUUUGGUGUAGCGGCUCAAUUAAAUCAAUCAAGUCUGAAAAGGCAAACUAUGGCGGGUACUCCGUACUGGAUGGCACCUGAAGUUAUCAUGGAAGGUGUUUCUUACGACACAAAGGUUGAUAUAUGGUCACUGGGGAUCACUACGUAUGAGAUAGCUACAGGUAAUCCACCAUAUUGUGAUGUGGAAGCGCUUCGAGCCAUGCAAUUGAUCACUAAAUCUAAACCACCACGGUUAGAGGGUAGACACUAUUCCCCCAUGCUUAAAGAAUUCAUUGCCCUAUGUCUUGAUGAGGAUCCAAAGGAAAGACUAUCUGCUGACGAUCUUCUGAAAUCCAAACUCAUCAAACAUCACAGGACAGCCUCUACCACAGUUCUUAAAGAACUUAUUACGAGGUACUUACUAUUUAGGGAUAAGACAAAGAGUAAAAGGAGUAGUGUUUCGAUUUCAGAAGCUGACCAACCCGUUAACGACGCAGAUGACGAUGCCACUGAUUCUCAGGAUGAAGAUGCUGAGGAAUCAUCUGAUCCAAAUGCCAUGCAAGUGGAAAUGAGGUGGGAUUUUGAUUCUUUAAGUUCUUCAGACUACAUAAUGGCAAAUGAUAUUAACGUGGAAGAAAUACCGGAAGAAUCCGCUGUAGAUUGGAAAUCUCAUUUCGAUCAAUUCAAUUUUGCAUACCCUGAUGAAGAAAGGCACUACUACCAAACUGGUAAUAAUACAGGGAAACUCGUUUACCAAGGUACUACUAUGGGUAAAAGUCAUCCAAGUAUGGGGGUUAGCAAUUCCACUUUAAAUGCAUUCCCCACCAAUAAUAAUUCCACGGCUCAACCGGGGAAAAUGUUUAAAAGUAGCCAUACAAAUUCUACAGGGAUCAAUGGAUCUCAUAAUUCCAAUACUGCAAACAACAGUAGUAAGAAGACCGAGGCUAAGGCACCUAAAAAGUUGAUGGAAUUAUUUGAAGAUAAUGAUGUAAUUAAUGAAGAAGAGGAUGGUGAUCCGAAGGAAUUAUCAAGAAUUAACAAAAAUUUACCGAAUGAUUUAGCCGGAAGACCCCAUGCUGUUCUAAUGAAUGGUGCAGCUUACCAUAGCCAAAGUACACCUGCUCUACCACAACUGCAAACAAAAUUCAAUAAACCACCUAAGGGCCCCACAAGUGCGGUGACUACAACGGCGCCAACCCCAAUUGAAAUCGAAAUUCCCGAAGAAUUACCUACCAGCACUACUACACCAUCUGCAAUACCAUCUGCAUUACCGUCCUCACUUUCUUCCGUUUCAAUGGACCCGUUGGCUCAACCACAGCCGGUAGUAGCAACUAAUCUUACAAAACCGAGAUCUUCAACUGUCUCUUCACAUAAGCAGCCUUCGAGUAUCAGUGGCAGAAUUCCUGGUGGUAGAGAUAUGCCUGGGAAGAUACCUGAGGAAAUACCAAGAAGGGCUAGUGGUGGUGCUGAAAAUAGUUCGGAUGGCUCAAUUAGUAGCGGUAUGCAUGGGGUGAACAACGGUACUGCUGCAAUGAAGCUUCCAUUGAGGACACCUUCACCUUCAAAAGUACUAAACAACUACAUGAACUCGCCAACAAAGAAGCCUGGAAGUUCACCAACGGGGUCCGGCCCCCCUCCAACAAUGAAACCUGUAGGUACUAAUAAUGAAACCAAAGACGUACUUUUACAGCCCUUAAACAAUGGCAACCCGACAUCUUCCAACAACGCAAACACUGGAACUGCAGAUAAGGAGACUAGUAGAGUAAAUCGAGAUUUCAAACGUAAUAAUCCAAAUUUAAAACUCCAUAUGCCAUUACCUACGCCGAUGGUGGCAACUAAACUACUUGAUUCUACGGAUCUACAAUCUGCAGGACCACCAAGCAGUGAUAACAUUAAUCAAUUCGGAUUUAAUACAAGUACCGUCUCGAAUGUGCCAGUAUCAAUGACACCAAUUAGUGAAAAGCAUAUGGAUUUUGGAAAUAGAACUAGGAGAAGUCAAAGCGUUGCCAAUAGGAAAAAUUCACAAAGUGCAGAUCCUGUACUCCCCGUAACGACAAGUAUUACGAACGCCAAUAAUAACGCUACUGGUAGCUCACCUGCUGUGGCUACACCGUUGAAUUCAAUGGCUAGUCAAUUGAUACCGCCGCCAUCUGAUUUUCUAAGUCUUGAUCUUUUCCUAGAUAUGAAUACAGACGCCGGUGGAUACACGUUUAUUGAUCGUAAACCAUCGAUGCUGGAUAAAUUGGAAAGCUUACUCAAGAUGUAUGAGGAUGGGUUGCCUGUAUUAGAAGACGCAUUGAAGAAACAGUUACUAUCCAUGGAUACGACUUAUGAAGAUAGCGGUCAUUAA